UUACAUUGGUUUCAAUUCCAAAUCCAAAAAAGAAAGAGAGAAAAAUGGAUCAAGUGUUGAACAAGGUAGGCACGAUGUGGGUGGGCCAUCAAGCCGACAAGCGACUCGGUUCCGUCGGCAACGAAAUCGACCAAAUCUCCAAUAGUAUUGAAGGAGGAGCCAAAUGGUUGGUUAAUACAAUCAAAGGGAAAGUACAAAAGCCAUUACCAGAGCUGUUAAAGGAGUAUGAUUUGCCAAUAGGCAUCUUCCCUCGUGAUGCCACCAACUAUGAGUUAGACGAAGAGACAGGGAAGCUUACUGUUCAUCUCCCAUCAAUAUGUGAAAUCGAAUAUAGGGACUCAUCUGUUCUACGCUUCUUCACCACUGUGACUGGCCACUUAGCGAAAAGAAAGCUAGCAGAUAUAGAAGGUAUGAAGACAAAAAUGAUAUUGUGGAUCAAAGUAUCAUGCAUCACUUCUGAUGGAUCAAAGCUGUAUGUCAGUGCUGGAAUAACCAAAACCAGGAACAGAGAUGCUUAUGAGGUUAAUAAGGAUGGUAUAGGUGUUGACAAGUUCUAGAUUUGUUAGAAUAUGUCUAUGGGGAAAACCUAUGUAUUUGUUUUAACUCCUCUCUCAUAGCCCUUUGAACCUUUUGUGGUAACGCUUUUUACUCUGUUCUAACAUUGAAGGUGGAAAUGUCAUGGCUCAUAUUAGUUGUGUGGAA